UUUUGAUUGUAAAUCGUAAUUAUAAUCUCGUUUGGACUGUAACAAGAGCCACUCAUCGGAAACCCAUUAGCCGGAAAAAUGCCCAAAGCGGUGGUCAUCCUGUGCGUUGUCUAUUUCUCCCAUUUGGCUUUCCCAGCUUUCAUGAAAAACCGGUAUGUGGUGGAGGUGGAGAACGUGCUAGCUUGCCCCAACAACAAGCAAAUCGGGAGCCCCAUCCGGAACAUCAAGUUCUUGCGCUACAACCGCACGCACAAGUCCCUCACUUACGAUUUUACGUACAGUCGCCUCCUUGAUGAGAAAAUCGGCGGCAGCGUCACUGUGGAGAGAUGGGGCGAUGGGGGCUGGAUCGGUAUACCCUUCAUGGGUUUCCAGCCGAAUAUUUGCUCCUAUGUUUUGCGAUUUUUCGGGAGCGUGUGGGUGCAGUUCCACCGGAGUAUCGGGAUUAAGCACCCGGAUAAGUGCCCCAUCCCUGCGGGGAAUUACUCGGUUAAGGAUUUUGUGAUCGAUGCCAGUGAGAUUUCGGUGCCGUUUUGGAGCGGCAGGUUCAAGUUUACGACCACGUUUCAGGAUGUUGAUACGAGGCGUACGAUUUAUUGUCUUAUCUACAUCAUUAAAAUAACUGAGGUUUUUUGAGGGGAACAAAAAAACUACCAAACUGUGUCGCAAUGAUUUGAUUUUGUAUUUAAAUUACAUUUCUUACUGAACA